GGCGGGAGGGGGGUGGGGGAUCCCGAGGCACCGGCGGCGGUGAAUCUGCGAGGGCCUGGAGCGGCGUCAGGCGGCUCUCCACGCCACAACUUGCCCACAACAGACAAGCCUCGUCCUGCGCCCUGGAAGAAGGAGCCGGCCUGCCGCUUCCCGCUCGGCUGCUCCUCGGCCUCCACGGGCUCCUCCGCUCCAGCAGCGCCCCUGGGAUCUGCGUCCCCAGCCUCGCCCCCGUCCGCUUGCAGCGCCCGGCGCCCGCCCAGGAGCGCGCAGCUCGGGUGCUGGGAAUAUAACGGUGAGCAAGAGAGAUCACGGCCCUUGUUCCCGCUGAUCCUGCAGCCCAGUGGAUGGAGUCCACAGUACAUAGACCUGCCAGGAAAGACAAACAUUUUCCUGAUGGUUGGUCCAAGAAGGGGCUCCUCGGUGGACUGAGGAAUGUCUGGCUUUUCCUCAGUUCAUCCAUCUCUGUGAUAGCCACAGGCAGCUCCCAGAAGACCUCGAGAAUGAGAGGCCCGAGGUCCCCAAGUUGCUGCUAGAAACAUUUUAGCCUCUCCUGAACACAGAAUGCAGCUGCCACAUAAGUUUGUAAGGGCCCUGGACGCACGCUGACCACGCGCUGGCCAGCUCGCCUUUUGCUCCGGGUCUAGGCCAAGGCGCUGCCAUAGCAACGGCCUAGACGCCCGGACCUUAGGCCGCCGCCGCGAGGGGUGGGGCGGCGGCGGCCCGGGAGGCGGCCGGGUAGACGGGACCGCCCCCUCCUCGGAUGCCAGCAGAGGCGGCGGAUAAGCUUCCAAGCAUGCCCUUUCAGAAGCACGUCUACUACCCGCUCGCCAGCGGCCUGGAGGGACCCGACGCCGCCGCGGGGGGCGCCGCGGCCAUGGCCUGUCCCCCUCCCAGCGUGGCGUCGGGCCCCCUGCCCUUCUUCCAGUUCCGACCACGGCUGGAGAGCGUGGACUGGCGGCGGCUGAGCGCCAUCGACGUGGACAAGGUGGCGGGCGCCGUGGACGUGCUCACGCUGCAGGAGAACAUCAUGAACAUCACCUUCUGCAAGCUGGAGGACGAGAAGUGCCCGCACUGCCAGUCGGGGGUGGACCCGGUGCUGCUGAAGCUCAUCCGCCUGGCGCAGCUCACCAUUGAGUACCUGCUGCACUCGCAGGAGUUCCUCACCUCGCAGCUGCACCACCUGGAGGAGCGCCUGCGCCUGAGCCUGGCCGACGGCGAGCAGAGCAAGAGGCUCCUCAGCAAGCAGGCCGGGGAGAUCAAGUUCCUCAAGGAAGAGUGUAAACGCAGGAAAAAGAUGAUCUCCACCCAGCAGCUGAUGAUUGAGGCCAAAGCCAGCUAUUACCAGUGCCAUUUUUGUGACAAGGCCUUUAUGAACCAAGCUUUCCUACAGAGUCACAUUCAGCGCCGCCACCCUGAGGAUUCUCAUCUUGAGUAUAAGAAAAGGGCGCAGACUGACAAGCUUCAGAAUGAGAUGGACAUGUUGAAGGAGCAGCUGCAGCUUACCAAGUCUCAGCUGGAGGCUGCACAGCACGCCCACGCAGUCCAAGUCUCCAAGGAAUAUGAAAUGCAAAAAACAAAAGAGGAAGAAUUUCUGAAGUUGUUCGAUAGAUGGAAGGAAGAAGAAAAGGAGAAACUAGUUGGUGAAAUGGAAAAAGUCAAGGAAAUGUUUAUGAAAGAGUUUAAAGAAUUGACUUCUAAGAAUUCAGCGUUAGAAUAUCAAUUGGCAGAAAUCCAGAAGUCCAAUAUGCAGAUCAAGUCUAACAUCGGCACGUUGAGAGAUGCCCGAGAGUUUAAAGAAGAACGUCCUCAGUAUUCCCAGGAUUUCCAGAAUGUGAUACAACUUGUGAAUAGCCAGGAAAGCAAGUGGACAGCUCAAGUUCGGGCUCUUCACCAAGAACAAAAGAAAGGGAGGAGCCAGAUCCUGUCGCAUAUAGAGAAAUUUCGAACCUCAAUGACAAACGAUCUAAAUGCAAGCAAUGUUUUCUACAAGAAAAGGAUAGACGAGUUGGGACAGAGACUGCAGGAGCAGAAUGAGCUGAUCAUCACUCAGCGACAACAGAUUAAAGAGUUUACCAGUAAAUCAUUGAACAGUGUUGGUGAACCCAAAGGGAGUCCAUUAACCUGGCAAACUUCUGAAUCUAAGCCAACUGCCCCAACUAUACCUGUGAAUGCCUCGGCCCCACAGACUUUGGAUGCGAAGUCAAGUCUAACAAUGGCACAUGGAAGGGAAAAUGAACAGAAAUUAAAUAACAAGAUACAUUUAAGGAAAGCUUUGAAGAAUAACCCUUCCCUCACUAAGCAAAUAAGAACAGUCUUGGAGCAGAGUUUGGUGGAAAGACUGGAAACCCUGGGGAUUAAUGCAGAUACACGUGGUAUUCCAAGUGAUCGCUUGAACAGAGUGCUAAGAACCGUGGAAUCCACCAGACAUGAGCGAGAAAGAAAAAUACCCAACAUUCAGCAAAUUCGAGAACACCUCGAACAUCAGGUCAGCUGUAAGAUUGAGGAGAGGACAUUGCUGUCAACAGACAGGUGCAAUGCUUCCCAAGUGGAUAUCCUUUCAGCUGGAGAAGUACCCAGAGCAGCCCACCGUCCUCCCAGAAGCAGGCAGUUGAUUAGGCAAAGGCCUGUUUUUACUGAUAGGACAUCUGUUCCAAAAGUUAAGAAAAAUAGAGAAGAUCACUUUCCCAGAAAGACUUCAACGGCUGCGACGCCUCCCUUUAGUUCGGAGGAAGACCUGGAUGAUGACGACCUGAUCCGGGCACACACCUCCCCAGACUUACUUCAGGUGCUGUCCUCUAAAAGCAACAGGAGCAGCUUAGGAAGGAGUACCACCAAAAGUGACACUGACUGGACCGAGGGAAGUGAAAUCGAGGAUUCUGAUAUUUCUCCCAAGCCCACAGAAACCUCCAUUAAAAUAUUAACCGGAAAAGUUGAAAAGACGGUUUCAAAUCAUAGAAAUGUGAACAAGCCAGUCGGUGGGAUUCAUGUUGCUGAGGCAUUCAUCAAGAAAGAACUAAACGAAGAUGUAAAGUGUGUAGAUGUGGAAGAUGAUGACUGGGACAUAUCAUCCUUAGAGGAAGAAAAAUCUUUGGGGAUGAAAAUUGGGAGAGAGCAGAAGGAUCCUCCGCCUAUGAAGAAUGAGUCAAAUUCUGCUCAAGUGCCAAGUGCCUGGGGUGCAACUAACCUGAAAGGGCCAAAAGGAGGACUUCAGGAUGAAUCCAGCACCGUGAAAAGCAGCUUAGUAACUGUGACUGAUUGGAGUGACUCUUCAGACGUAUAACUGUCCCCCUGGGCCUCAGAAGGUCCUUCUCGAUGCCAGCAGUAUUCCAGUCUCGCACUAUUUCCGUUCCCGGCCUGCGCAACGCGAAUGCUCCUGCCCGGCAGUAUUUCCCACAAUAACAAGGAAGCUGGCUUGCGAAGAACAAGAGUCUCUUUAAUGGCACCUAACGCAAUUUUGAAAAACAAAUUGUCAACAGUAUUUUGAAGCAUAUAAAGGUGUUUAAGACUGCUGCUUAAAAAUAACGUGUCACUGAAGUCAUAAAAAUUUUUUUCUUCAGAACGGUACUCUAGUGUUUUAAGUGUAUUU